AUGAUCGGCGCGGCCUCACUCCGGUGCCACUGUGCGCCGUCUCUCGUCCUCGAGCGCGCGGAGAUCGGGUCUCGCCGGGCGAAGGCGCCGUCGUCGGCGGUGAGAUAUGUUCGUCCGGUGGUGAUUUGCAGCGCCAGCGGGAGCGGCACCGCGGAGAACGGUGCCUCGUCCGUGCCGAAGCUGGAGCCGUUCAGCAGGAGCAGGAUCGAGCGGCUCGUCAAGGACCCCUCCUUUCUCCAGAAGACCGAAAACGACCUCACCGGUGAGUUCCGCUGCCUUGUCUAUCCCGCCGGCCUCUAUUUUCCCCGGAUUUUGCGGUUCUUCUCGCCAACCCUCCCUGCGGAUCUUCUAAUCUCUGCGAAAAAUUCCAGAGUACUGCUCGAGGCUCGAAGGAGACGACUCGUACAGUUGCUGGAGGGCCUAUUUCGAGCUGAAAGAUCUCGAAGUGAGUAUCAAUUCUUCCGGGCCCCUCGUGUGUCCAGAAACCACCUUAUUUUCCGCUCUGAAAACGUCUAAUCUUCAUUCGAUCUCGUCGAAUUGCAGAAGGAGAUGCAGCAAGAUGACGUGGAGAAGUUCGUGAGGCAGGCGGGCGGGAACCAGUCCCUCAUCGACUGCCUUCACGGGCUUACGGCGGUGGAGAAGAUGCACAGCCAGCGGCACCCGGAGGAGGCCGUGCCGGUGAAAGCCGAGCGGGAGAAGGAGCGGCCGUUCCCGGUCCCCGACGGGUUGCCCCCCACCGCGGAGGAGCUGGAAGAGGAGGAGAAGGCCAGGAUGCCAGAUUCCCCCUUCACCCGCAUGCUACGACGCCGGGGGAGACUCCCCGCCUGGUACUCGCAGGCCCCCGACCACGAGACCGAUUGA